AUGCACCGCAAGCAGGCGUGGGCAAAGCGCGUCAAGAAGGAGCGCUUCAAGAAGAAGUAUGUGACGCGCAUGCAGGCGACGCGGCUGCUGCAGGUCGACUCGAUCCAGUUUCGCCGCCUGUGCAUCCUCAAGGGCAUCUAUCCCCGCGCCCUCGCCCGAAGCAAGCAGAAGCAGAGCGGCAACGACAAGCAGUACUACCUUGCGCGGGAGAUCAAGUGGCUCGUACGCGACCACAUCGCCGAGCGCAUGAUGGCCCACCGCGCGUGGGAGAAGAAAGUGCGCCGCGCCGAGGCGAUGGGGCUUGACGAAGACCUCAAGACGCUGCAGAGCGCCAAAGUGAAGCCGCGCUACAGCCUCGUCGCGACCAUCAAGGAGCGCUACCCCUUCUUCGCCGACGCGGUGCGAGACAUCGACGACGCCAUGUCGAUGAUUGCCCUCUACGCCUUCCUCAGCCCGGAGGUGAUGAGCGAAAGCACCAUUGAGACGCACCACGCACUCACCUCCGGCCUCCACCAGCGCGCGCGGGAGACCAGCGAGCGCUGGAACCGUUACGUCGUGCGCGCCCGCGCGCUGUCGAAGGGCUUCAUCUCGAUCAAGGGCUACUAUUUUGAGGCGAUUGUGCGCGGUGAACGGGUGCGCUGGCUGUGCCCACACGAGUAUGCGCACAAGUUCCCGCCGGGGAUUCAGCAGUACAUCACACUCAGUUUCCUGGAGUUUUACAUUGAGCUCAUGCGUUUCGUACUCUUCAAGCUCGAGCAUGACCUCGAGCGAGACUUGGCAGAGCAGCAGAAUGCUGAAGAGGACGGGAUUAAUGUGAAUGCGGAAGAUUUCCACACCACCGACGUGGAUGCGGCACGGGACCUCAGCAGCGCAACGAAGGAGGCACGCAACAGGACAGAACUUAUGGAAGAGGAGCUUCGGAAGGUGCGCCGCGUCUUCGAUGGGCUGACGUUCUACAUCUCGCGUGAGGUGCCACAGAAACAUGCGGCCCUCGUUAUUGAGGCGUGUGGCGGACGCGUCGCAACAGCCUACGCCGCAGACAACAUUACGCACUUCGUAGUUGACCGUCCUGCGCUGCCACCAGGUUUCGAGCGCGUUGAGCGCAUUGAGUACGUGCAGCCGCAGUACCUGUUCGACUGCCUCAACGCCCGCACGCUGCUGCCUCCCAACGGCUACCGCAUCGGUGAGGAACUGCCACCGCACGUGUCGCCCUUCACGGUGGCCAUCACGAACAGCGCGGAGGAUAUCGCCGCGGUGGAAGAGGCGAAGAAGCACCAUCCCAAGAUAGUCUCGUACGUGCCGCAACGGGUGCAUGAGAUACGCACCCUGGUGAAUCCACAGUACACGCCAGUUGAUCCGGAAGGAAAGGCGGCUGAGUUGAUGCUGCGCGACGAGAGUGACGAGGAGCACGCCGCGGUGCCGGAGAUGGACGCCGACGACGACGUGUCGCUCUCCGGCGACGAGCUCACGGAGGCCCGUCGCCGCCCGCAGUGGGAAGAGGAGGAGGUGACGGAGAACGUGCAGCGCAGCAAGCUGUCGGCGCUCAAGGUGAUGAAGCAGCGCAAGAUGAACUUAAUGAACGCGCCUACCGAUGAGGUGGUCGCGCGCCGGCGUCUGGCGCAGCAGAAGUCGCGCGACGCACGCCGGCAGCAGGAGUCGGACGAGCACCGGCUGAAGCGUAAAAUGACUGAGGCGAAGCGACAGGAGACAGCUACGCGCAAGAUGCAGCUCCAAGUAGCCCGCAAGAAGGCCGCGCGCUACUACAAGAUGGUCAACGGCGUCGUGCAGGGCAGCCAGCGGCGCGAGAAGAUGCUUGAGGCGAAGGCGCAGCAGAUUGCCGACGGCCGCAUCGCCACGAAGGCGGACGGCAGUGGCCUUGUCAACAGCAAGCUGGAGGCGCGCCGCGCCAAGGCGGAGGCCAGCGGCAAGAAGCUCAGGGAAAAGCGGCCUGCAAACCCGUACAAGAAGCUGCCGAAGUGGGUGCGCUGA